AUGCUCCUCCCCCCUGCACCUACUACUACUACUGCUGCUACUGCACUGCCUAUUACUAGGCCUGCUGCUGCCACCCCUACUAGGCCUGCCACUACUACCCCUAUUACUACUACUACUACUACUACUACUACUACUACUACUACUACUACUACAGCUCCUCCUACCUCUCUCUCCCUUAUGCCUGUGGGGGCCUUCCUCCCCCUAUAUAGGGUUAUUUACAGCCUCUUCUUUAUUAACCUAAUAAGA